CUCUCAAAAGCAUUGAGCCAUGAAAAACGCAAACCCUCAUGCGGUCCUCCUCGCCAGCCCCGGCAUGGGCCACUUCAUCCCCGUGGUGGAGCUCGGGAAACGCCUUGCCACCCAUCAUGGCCUUGACGUGACCAUUUUCGUGGUUGCCGCCGAUGCCUCCAUUGCAGAAUCUCCACUCUUUAAGCCGCCGCGGACUCCGAAUCCGCUGAACCUCGUGUUGCUUCCUCCAGUGGACAUUUCCGCCCUCGUCGAUUCGAGCACCUCGGUCGUGACCCAACUUUUGAUCAUGAUGCGUGAGGCUCUGCCUUUGCUCCGGGCCGCCAUCUCCGCCAUGAAGUAUCGACCCACCGCUCUCAUAGUCGACUUGUUCGGAACUGAAGCUUUAGCGAUAGCUGAGGAGUUCGACAUGCUUAAGUAUGCCUUCAUCACAUCGACGGCAUGGUUUCUUGCGGUCGCCGUUCACUUUCCCUAUAUAGAUGAAGAAGCAGAACACAAGCACCGCGUUCUGAAAAGGCCGCUCGACAUCCCGGGCUGCCGGUCCAUCCGAUAUGAGGAUACCUUGGACCUAUUCCUCGACCCAACCGAUAGGAAUCUCUAUGUGAACUUCACUCACAUUGGGAUGGAGGUAUCGAACGCCGAUGGGAUCUUAGUGAACACGUGGCAGGAUCUUGAGCCGUUGACUUUGCAUGCGCUCGAAAAUGAGAAGUUCCUGGGUCGGGUCGUCAAGGGGUCGGUUUACCCGGCGGGUCCGCUCGUUAGACCUAACGAGCGAAGUUCAAAAAGUGAGGUGAUGGAUUGGCUAGACAUGCAACCGAUGGAGUCGGUGAUCUACGUCUCUUUCGGGAGCGGUGGAACCUUGUCGGUGAAGCAAACGUCCGAGCUCGCCUGGGGGUUGGAGCUGAGCCAACAUAGAUUCAUCUGGGUGGUACGCCCACCAGUGGACGACGAUGUGUCCGCAAACUUCUUCAACGUGACAAACAGCCACGAUGGUACCCCGAGCUAUCUCCCCGACGGCUUCUUCACUAGAAUCCGAAACCGGGGCAUGGUGGUACCUAUGUGGGCUCCGCAAACCGAGAUCUUGGCGCAUCAAUCUAUUGCCGGGUUCUUCUCGCACUGCGGUUGGAAUUCGACUCUGGAGAGUAUGGUCAAUGGGGUGCCCAUGGUGGCGUGGCCGCUCUAUGCCGAGCAACAGAUGAACGCGGCGAUGUUAGCAGAAGAGCUCGAGGUGGCCGUCCGGCCAAAGUUACAGCCGAACACCAGCGUGGUCGAGAGGGAGGAGAUAGCAGAGAUGGUGAGAAGGGUCAUGGAACUGAAGGGCAAUGCGAUGAGAGAAAAAGUUAAGGAGCUACAAAGAAGUGCCAACCAAGCACUGGUGCAAGGCGGUUCCUCGUACAAUUCACUGUCGAAAGUGUCAAAGGAGUGUGAACUCAAGCUGCGUCGUCUGAGUGCGAUGGCUCUUGGUGCUUGAAG